GAUGCGCGCGCGUUACAUAGAAGGUAGCACAACGGUGAACAGUCGCUUGAAGACGCUUCAUGAUUAAAUGCCCUCGUGGCACGAGUUGUGUGACGAUACAUAUACAUAUUCUUACGAGAAAAAGUCUGGUGUUUAAGCUCUUGAGGAUCAACGGAACAGGGAUGGCGUACGGCAAACUGCAUGUACUGCCGUUAAGUAUAUUCAUUCUGAUUCCCGUGACAUUUGUGAUUACAUACACCAUAUCGGUACAAUGGGACCACGUGGUGCCUGGCUUUCCUUAUAUAUCGGAGACUGGCACGUUGUCACCGGAAUCUUGCAUAUUUGCACAGUGUCUGAACAUCGCGGCCCUUUUACUUGGUUGCUGCGUCUACAUCAGACAUCGACAGGUGCUGCAAUGGCAGAUAGAGAGGGGUCAUGAUCUUGUGGACAGAAGAAUCGUCGUGACAACCGCGUGUUGCGGCAGUCUCGCUUGUUUCGGUCUCGACAUACUCGCUAAUUUUCAAGAAGCGCAUGUGGUCGCCGCUCACAUGGUGGGAGCGAUGACUUGCUUCUCCGCUGGCACAAUUUAUUUUUGUCUUCAGACUUAUCUGAGCUACAAAAUGAUACCGGCGGUAAACGGCACGAUUGUCGUUUAUGUGCGUGCGAUAUUUUCGGCGCUCACGCUGAUACUGACGAUUGCUACAAUCGUUCUCGGUUACAUUUCAAUGUCCGAAUUUCAGGGUGACGAUUACAAAAAAUGGAUGCCGGACGACGGUGGUUGGGGUUGGCAUGUAGCGAGUACUGUAUGCGAGUGGAUUCUCGCGAUUGUCUAUUGUGCGUUUCUUGUUACUUUUGUUCCGGAAUUCCGAUUAAUUAACUUUGAAGAUCCUGUGGUUACGUUAAUGUAUUUAGACAAAAUCGAGAGCACGGCAACUUUACGAAAACCGGAAGCAAUUAUACCACAAGAUACGUAAAUGUUUUUUAUCAU